CAUGGGUGCUCUAUGGGUGCUCUGGGGGUUAUAUGGGUUCUAUGGGUGCUCUGCAGCAGGACUUCAGCCAGGACGUCAUUGGGGUGCUGCUGCGGGUGGGGGCACCCAUGGGGGGCAGCCCCAUAAGCGACGGCGCCCGCGAGCUCUUCAUCCAGCUCAUGCUCGGAGCCUUCCCCUGCUUCGACAUCCGGGACCCCAAGCGCUGGCGCCCGCCCGGGGACGGGGACCCUGACCGCCUGCCCCACGCCGUGCUGCCCCCCUCCCCCGACCACACGUACGCCCAAUGGCGGCCGGAGCCCCCCCUGCCCCCCCCCGAGGAAGGGGCGGAGCCUGCGGUGCCCAAUGGGGGAGGGGAGGACGAUCGCCAGUGCGCCCUGUGCCUGCAGUGCGGGGACGCGCCCUGCCAGGACGAGGGCCGGCUGCUCUACAUCGGGCAGAACGAGUGGACCCACGUGAACUGCGCCCUGUGGUCGGCUGAGGUCUUCGAGGAGGGCGACGGGACCCUGCGCAACGUGCACGCCGCCGUGGCCCGCGGGCGCCAGAUGCGCUGUGAGCACUGUGGGCGCCCCGGGGCCACUGUUGGGUGCUGCCUGGCCGCCUGCCUCGCCAACUUCCACUUCAUGUGCGCCCGGCGGCGCCGCGCCGCCUUCCAGCGCGACAAGAGGGUCUUCUGCCAGCGGCACGCGCGCCUGCGGGACCCUGCCGCGCUGGUGCAGGAUGAGGGCUUUGCGGUGCUGCGCCGGGUCCUGGUGGACUUCGGGGGCCUGAGCCUCAAGAGGAAGUUCCUGGGGGGGCUGGAGCCCGAGGCCGUGCACAUGAUGAUCGGCUCCAUCCGCAUCGACAGCCUGGGGGCGCUGACGGAGCUGUCGGAGCGCGACGGGAGGCUGUUCCCUGUGGGAUACCAGUGCUGGCGCCUCUACUGGAGCACGCGGGACGCGCGGCGCCGGUGCUGGUACCGCUGCCGCAUCCUGGAGCAGGCGCCGGGGGGGGAGGGGGGCGCCCGGCCCCGCCCCCCCGACAUCAACCGCACCAUCGCCCACGGUCCCACCCCAGGGUCCCCCCCCAGCCCCAUUGCGGGGGGGGGCCCAGAAGGAGCUUGGGGCACCCCCAGCCCCCACCCCACCCGGAGACCCCCAACGGGGACCUCAUCCAGGCCCCUCCCAUCCCCCGGCAGCGCCCCCCCCGUCCCCCGUCACAUCCUGACCGUUGGGGACCCCGAGUUCCCCCCCCCCCGCCGGGCCCGCAGGACCCUGGCACCCAUGGGUGCCCCCCAGCGCUGGCCCAAUGGGGCACCCAAUGGGUCAGUGGCGCCCAACGGGACACCCAACGGGACACCCAAUGGGUCAAUGGCACCCAAUGGAUCAAUGGCGCCGAAUGGACCAAGCUCAACGUCAAGGCCGUCGUCACCCAUGGAUCCAGCAGCACCCAAUGAGCACCCAUCGCCUAUGGGACCAGCAUCGCCUAUGGGGCACCCAUCGCCUAUGGGCCCAGCAUCACCCAAUGGACCGAGCCCAUCGUCACCCAUGGGCCCUCCCCCGUUGUCCCCAUUGGCCCUCAGCGCCCUCCUGGGGGGGGCACCCAUGGGUGACAGCAGCGAGGACGAGGACGUGGGUGCCAAUGGGGGCACCCAUCGGGGGGGCACCCAUCGGGACCCCUAUGUCCACUUCAGCCGCACCGUGGUGGCCCGGCCCCCCCCGGCCCCUUGCCCCGCCCCCCCGUCGCCCCACAUUGACCAAUUGGAUGGGGUGGACGAUGGGGACAAGGGUGGGGGGGCACCCAUGGGUGCCCCUCUGGGGCCAGCACCCACGGAGCACCUCCCCUCUGAGCUCGUGGACUUCGUCCUCAAGAGCAUGGCGGCCAAUGGCACCCAAGGGGUCAAUGGGGACGGGGGCACCCAAUGGGUGCCCCCCAAGGGGGAUGGAGGCGGCACCCAAUGGGACGGCACCCAUCGAGAGGACGGCACCCACGGCCACGAGGCCCAUAGCACCCAAUGGGACGGCACCCAUCGAGAGGACAGCACCCAUGGCCACGACGCCCAUAGCACCCAAUGGGACGACACCCAUCAAGAUGGCACCCAUGGCCAUGAUGCCCAUAGCACCCAAUGGGACAGCACCCAUAGAGGAGACGCCGCCGCCACCCACCCCAAUGGCACCCAUGGGUGCACCGCCUCCGUAGGGGACAAUGGGGCCCAUUGGGUGCCCCCGUGGCCACCCAAGCGCCCCGGGGACCCCAUGGGUGCUGGAGCACCCAAACGGGCCCGGAUGGAGCCCAUUGGGGCCCAUGGGGACGGAGGCGAGGAGGAGAUGGAUGCGAGGGCCAUGGGGGACCCCGAAGCGAGCAUCAAAGAGGAGCCCGAGGAGUUGAGUGACGGCGGCAGCUUUGGGUCCCCCCCCACAAGCGACACCGUCCUGGACCCCCCCUGGGCCGCCUGUGCAGGUGCCAGCUCAGAGGAUGAGGCCCCGCCCCCAGAGGGGCCCCUCCCCCCCCCAGGGCGCCCCCGUCUCUGCUUCGAGAUCAGCAGCGAGGACGGGCUCAGGGUGACGGCGGCCUCCAUCGAGGGGGCCUGGGCCGCGGUGCUGGAGCAGGUGCAGGAGGCGCGCGCCAAGGCCCGGCUCAAGCAGCUCUCGUUCGCCGGGAUGAGCGGGCUGCGGGUGCUGGGCAUGCACCACGACGCCGUCGUCUUCCUGCUGGAGCAGCUCCCGGGCGCUGGCUCCUGCUCCCGGUACCGCUUCCGGUACCACCCGCGCCGGGAGCGGGGCCCCCCCCACAGCCCCCCCCACAACCCCUCCGGCUGCGCCCGCGCCGAGCUCUACCUGCGCAAAUGCACCUUCGACAUGUUCAGCUUCCUGGCAUCCCAGCACCGCACCCUGCCCGAGGGGCCCCCCCCCCGUGAGGACGAGGAGGACGAGGUGCAGCUCAAACCCACACGCCGUGCCACCAGCCUGGAGCUGCCCAUGGCCAUGCGCUUCCGGCACCUCAAGAGAACGGCGAAGGAGGCGGUCGGGGUCUAUCGCUCGGCCAUCCACGGCCGGGGCCUGUUCUGCAAGCGGAACAUCGAGGCCGGGGAGAUGGUGAUCGAGUACUCGGGCAUCGUCGUGCGCUCCGUGCUCACCGACAAGAGGGAGAAGUUCUACGACAGCAAGGGCAUCGGGUGCUACAUGUUCCGCAUGGACGCGGCGGAGGUGGUGGACGCCACGAUGCACGGCAGCGCGGCGCGGUUCAUCAACCACUCCUGCGAGCCCAACUGCUACUCGCGGGUGAUCCAGGUGGAGGGCGCCAAGCACAUCGUCAUCUUCGCGCUGCGCCGCAUCCUGCGCGGCGAGGAGCUCACCUACGACUACAAGUUCCCCAUCGAGGAGCCCGCUGCCAAGCUGCCCUGCAACUGCGGCGCCCGCCGAUGCCGGCGCUUCCUCAACUGAGGGGCA